CUCCGCCAGCCAAGAAACCAGCAAAGAUAUUUCACAAUGGAUGUAGACGAUGAAGAAAACAUGAGUUCGAGCAGCACCGAUGUUAAAGAAAACCGCAACGUGGACAACGUCCCCCCCAAGGACGGUGUUGGGCAAGGCGCUGGGGAGGGGGCGCAGCUCUCCAACGGCGGUGGCAGCAGCAGCAGAAAGCGUCCUUUGGAGGAGGGCAACAAUGGCCACUCCAAAUUUCGCCCAAAGAAGAGGAAGAAAACACCCGGCCCUGUUCUGCCAAAGAAUGCCCUGAUGCAACUUAAUGAGAUUAAACCCGGUUUACAGUACAAACUCCUCUCCCAGACAGGGCCAGUCCAUGCCCCCAUGUUCGUGAUGGCAGUCGAAGUCAAUGGACAGGUAUUUGAGGGGUCUGGCCCAACGAAAAAGAAAGCCAAGCUUCAUGCUGCCGAGAAAGCUCUGCGAUCUUUCGUCCAGUUUCCAAAUGCCUCGGAAGCCCACUUGGCAAUGGGGAGGACUCUGUCGGUCAACACGGACUUCACUUCUGACCAAGCGGACUUCCCUGACACCCUUUUCAAUGGGUUUGAGACACCGGUCCCUUCUGAUGCUUCCUUUUAUCUAGGGUCCAACGGGGAUGGGUCCUUUAGCUCUAGCGGAGACUACGGUUUGACAUCGUCUGCUGUAGCCAGCAGCCUUUCCCAGUCACCUCUCCCUGCACCGCCACCCUACCCCUCCGCCAGCGGGAAGAACCCCGUCAUGAUCCUCAAUGAGCUGCGACCGGGGCUGAAGUAUGAGUUUCUCUCAGAGAGCGGGGAGAGCCACGCCAAAAACUUUGUCAUGGCCGUGGCAGUGGACGGUCAGACUUUUGAAGGCUCGGGAAGGAAUAAAAAGCUGGCAAAAGCUCGAGCCGCUCAGUCAGCCCUGGCUUCCUUGUUUAACAUGCAGCUGGACCAGACCCCAUCUCGACAGCCCAUUCCCAGCGAGGGGCUCCAGUUACACUUGCCACAGGUUUUAGCUGAUGCUGUCGCACGCUUGGUUGUAGAUAAAUUCAGUGAUUUGACAGAAAAUUUCACGUCUCCACAUGCACGUAGAAAAGUCCUUGCUGGAAUUGUCAUGACAACAGGUACAGAUGUGAAAGAUGCCUUGGUAAUAAGUGUUUCUACCGGAACAAAAUGCAUCAAUGGUGAAUACAUGAGUGAUCGUGGUCUCGCGUUAAAUGAUUGCCAUGCAGAAAUUAUAUCUCGCCGGUGCCUGCUUAAAUUUCUGUAUACACAACUUGAGCUUUAUCUAAGCAAUAAAGAUGAUCAACAAAAAUCCAUUUUUAUCAAGUCGGAGCGAGGCGGGUUUAAACUGAAGGAGAAUGUGCAGUUUCAUCUCUAUAUCAGCACAUCUCCUUGUGGCGACGCGAGGAUUUUCUCACCACACGAAGCAGCACAAGAGGAUCAAGGGGACAGGCAUCCAAACCGCAAAGCGAGAGGACAGCUACGGACAAAAAUAGAAUCUGGGGAAGGGACCAUCCCCGUGCGCUCUACUACCACCAUCCAGACGUGGGAUGGUGUUCUGCAAGGAGAAAGGCUACUUACCAUGUCCUGCAGUGACAAGAUAGCGAGGUGGAACGUAUUGGGUAUUCAAGGAGCCUUACUUAGCCUCUUUGUGGAGCCAAUUUACUUCUCUAGCAUCAUCUUGGGGAGUUUAUAUCAUGGGGAUCAUCUAUCCAGAGCCGUAUACCAGAGGAUAGCAGAGAUAGAAGAUCUACCACCUCUUUAUACACUCAACAGACCUUUACUUAGUGGUAUUAGCAAUGCGGAAGCCCGUCAACCAGGGAAAGCACCAAACUUCAGUGUGAACUGGACAGUAGGGGACACUGGUCUUGAAGUUAUUAACGCUACAACCGGCAAAGAUGAAAUGGGUCGUGCAUCUCGCCUUUGUAAGCAUGCUUUUUACAGCCGCUGGAUGCGUAUUCAUGCAAAGCUUUCCUCCAGCUUGCGCUCAAAGAUCUUCAAGCCUAACCUGUACCACGAAACCAAGCAAGGAGCCACCGAGUAUCAAACUGCCAAACAGUGUUUGUUUAAAGCAUUCCUGAAGGCGGGACUUGGAGCCUGGGUGGAGAAGCCCAUAGAACAGGAUCAGUUUUCUCUCACCGUCUAAUUCGCAGACUGCACAUCACUUUGGAAAGGAGGUUGUUCUGGAAAUUCCUGGUGUCCAGCAUCGCUUUCUGGCAUCUCCACAGCUGUCAAAACAUCUUUUUACUGUUUUGAGUUGGGUUUUUCUUUCCUUUGGGUUUCUUUUUUUUUUUUUCCUUUGAAACCUCAUAGUAACUGUUUCUGUUUUGCCUAAGCAUUGAAACUUGAGGAUCUGACACAUAAUUGUAUAUUUUGUUAUGGGGAAGUAAUUUCUGGUGUAUUUCUAGAAAUACUUUUACUGUAGAAAACUUGCAGUAAGGCUGUCCUUACAGCAUACAGUGACUCAUUUUUUCUGGGUUAAAAUAGUUUCUUUUUUUAAUUGAAUGUCAUUGAGUGCAUGAAGAAAUGGAAGUUUCUCUAGGUUUUACACCACACUUUUAGGAAGUAGCUUAAUUUCUUAAAAAGAAAAUAGGUGACAAAGCUGAUUUUACUCCUCUGUUAACUUGUUUCUGAACUGCAGAUAUCUACCAUAUAGACCCCAGAGCCAGAAUGGAGUCUGGACAGCUAGUUUUUCCCCCACUUCCUUGCUCUUUAAAACCAGCUGCUGAAAAUUUCAUGUCUCGAUGUAUGUAUUUAUUAGUCUGUGACCCAGUUUUUAACAUGCAGCUUUUAAUUCUGUUUUUAAAAAUACAUUUACCUCCCAUUUACACACA